GUUCAGUAUUCGGACAACCAGUCAGUGUUAUCCGAGCUAUCCAAUAUGAAUCUUCGUCUCACCAAACUCGUUCUUUUUUGCGCCGCAAUCACCAUAAUUCACGCUCAAGAAAUCUGUGAUCAUUUGGGAACUUUGCCUUACGAAGAAAUUGGUUGUACACCGACUUUGGGACCUGAUGGUUGUCCAAAAUCGUUUGAUUGCUCUCAUUACGAAGUACCAAGCGAUGGUUGCAUCUUCAAAGGACAAACUUAUCAAAACCGCGAGUACAUAAAUGAUACCGCUCCUUGCAAUGUAGCCUGUUAUUGCAACAGGGAAAAUUCUUUUGGUCCAGAUAUUGCUUGUGCUGCUAUUGAUUGUAACUGGAAUGUUUACGAUGAUUGUUACCAAGUUAAUGAUUUGGAUCUUUGUUGUCCCACCGGUCAAAAAUGUCCACCUUUUGAUGAUUUGGCUACUUGCCAAGUCGAUGGUAAAAUUUACAAGGAAGGACAAUAUUUCCGUCCAGAAGGACAAUGCCUAAGAUGCGUUUGCCAGAAAGGAUUUAUUGGGGAAUUCGUUGAGCCAUUCUGUCGCCGUGUCCAAUGUGACGUGGAAUUGCGUUUCGCCAAGCAAAUUGCUGAAGGUUGUGCUCCUGCUUACACCAGAACUGCUGAUGCCCUUUGCUGCCCAAUUGACUACAUUUGUCCAUCAAACACGUUGAGUAUCUCUGCCCUUGAAGAUUCUACCGUUUCCCAAGAGAAAUGCAUUUACGGCCAACUCGAAUUCAACAUCAACGACGUCUUAAACUUGACAUACAACAAAUAUAAUCAACAGAAAGUAGCAGAAUGUUCCUGUAUUUUACCACCGCAUUUGACAUGCAGAUCAGAUUUUUAAUUAUUGUUCCUCAAAUAUUGAAUUGAAUAAAUAAUAUGAAUCAGAA